CAUUCUUUCCAUAUUCAUUACCGCGUCCAGGCUUUCCACACCUGCGUCAGGGCCCACCAAUGCUCCUCGAUUGACCAUCAAUCUGCAAUGGCAACCCAGGAACAGCAAACAGGUGCGGCCAGCACUUCACCACCGUGCCUGCAACGCCACGAGAGGGCGUGCUCGCACUUCUCAAGCCUGUCCAACACAUGCACGGACUCGACAGACGACUCGGCUACACCAUGUCUGCCGCACCCGUCGUCGGUCCAGACCGCGGCGAAUAGUGAGGAGGACAUAUCCCUUCGACAGUGUAUCCGCAGAUACCCAAAGGCGAUCAUGUGGUCCGUUCUCUUCUCCUUGACCCUGAUCAUGGAAGGCUAUUCGACCAUCCUGGUCCCCAACUUAUACUCGCUCGACCCGUUUCUGCAGCAAUUCGGCGGCCGCCAGAACAACGGCGACUACGAGAUCAGCGCCGAGUGGCAGAGCGCGUUGGUCAACGGGGCGCUGGCAGGGCAGAUUGUGGGGCUGUUUGUGGCGGGUUGGCUGGCGGAGAAGAUUGGCUAUCGGAGGACGCUGAUGGCGGGGCUGGUGGCCGCGACGGCGUUCAUCGCCAUUACGUUCUUUGCGACGAGUAAGCCGGUGCUGCUGGUGGGGCAGUUCUUGCUUGGGGCGCCGUGGGGCGUGUUCCAGACGAUUAGUACGGUGUAUGCGAGUGAUGUCUUGCCUGUGGGGUUGAGGGGAUAUCUUACUACAUAUGUCAAUGCUUGCUGGGUGAUGGGCCAGUUGAUUGCGUCCAUUGUCCUUCGCGCCAUGCUCACGAUCCCCUCUCAAUGGGCGUACCGCAUCCCUUUUGGUCUGCAGUGGGCAUUCCCGGUUCCCAUUUUUGUCGUCGUACUACUUGCUCCUGAGAGCCCCUGGUGGCUGGUGCGCCAGAACAAACUCGAAAUGGCAAAGGAUUCUCUUCGUCGCUUGCGGAAACAAGCAGCGGGUGAGCCGGACGCCGAAUUUGACGCGGGCUUGGUUCAAACGUUGAACUUGAUUCAGCUGACCGACAGCGCUGAGAAAGAAGCUCAAAACGGGACAAGGUAUAUCGACUGCUUCAAAGGCGUGGACUUGCGGAGAACGGAGAUUACCUGCAUGUGUUGGAUUGUACAGACGCUGUGCGGAAGUACUUUCAUGGGCUUCUCGACCUAUUUCUACGAACAAGCAGGCCUGGGCGCCAAACACGCCUUCACCCUCUCCCUCGCCCAAUUCGCCCUCGGCCUCCUCGGCGUCCUCGCGUCCUGGUUUCUCCUCUCCUGCCUCGGCCGACGCACAAUUUACCUCUCCGGACAGGCCCUGACCUUCCUCUGCGUCCUGGCCAUCGGCAUACUCGCCUGCAUCCCGCACCAAACCCCGUCAACAAACGCCCCCCGCUCUGCCGGCGGCGCAAGCCCACCCCCUCCGCGCACCGAGACCCCCAGCCCCGUCCCCUGGGCCAUCGCCGCCCUGCUCCUGCUCUUCACCGCCGUCUACGACGCCACCAUCGGCCCGCUCUGCUACACCCUCGUCUCGGAGAUCCCGUCGACCCGGCUGCGCUCCAAGACCAUCGUGCUGGCGCGCAACUGCUACAACGUCUCGGGCAUCGUGACCAACCUCAUCACCCCGCGCAUGCUGAAUCCGACGUCCUGGGCCUGGGGCGCCAAGUCCGGGUUCUUCUGGGCGGGCACCGCGCUGCUGGGGCUGGGCUGGUCGUGGUGGCGACUGCCGGAGACCAAGGGCCGGACGUUUGCGCAGAUUGAUGGGCUGUUUCGCGAGGGGACGGGGGCAAGGCGGUUUAAGGGGAAGGUGCUGGGGGAGGGGAUGUGGCGGGAUGGAGGGGAGGGGGGGAAAUCGCGAGCAUAGCGUUGUGGCACGUCGAAUCGUCUCGUAAAAAUUGUAAAUCACACCCACCGUGAUCCGUGUUUGUAUGAACAGACAGCGGAGUCGCCCUCGAACUCCCCUCCCCCUCCCAAUGAUCCAUCCUACCCCCUCCACCGCCGCGCAAACAACCACUCAUAAUCCCCCACCGCCGCCCUAACCAACCCCUCCACCCGCCCCGCCAGCUCCCC